AUGACCAUGCCAAGUACGCCGGAAAUAGCGGUGCUUCCUGCGCCCAAUCCGCGACGUACAACCUUUCGCGUACCUUUAAACAGCAACGUACCAGCGGAGAUUAACUUUAAGGAGCUAAUGAUCCAAAGUACGAAUCAAGCAGAGUCUCCAAUGCUCAGCAUUAGCUCGUCAAACACAACGUCUAAUUCCUUGCCGUCCAUCGGAAAAUCGGAGCGUGUGGUGCCAACAGCGCGCCCACAGCGCUUUAACAUUAUUGAACACUUGGAGAAACGUUAUGGGGGCGGCUCUGUGCUGAAUGAUGGUGACGGCAGCGACGUAGGCGGCACUUUGGACCGUCGAGAUGACGAUGAUCUGUACGAUUCAGAAGACUCUUUUAUUGAUGACGUGGAGCUGCAGCAGAACAUUGAAGAUGUUAGGGACCAAGUAAAGGUCAAGACAAAACAUUCUGGCUUUUUUGUGAGUGCUGGAGACGAGAUUGAGACGUUGGAGAAAGAGGGAGAAGAAGAGAAUGGAGAGAAAAUGGGAAAGAGUAAACGAGAUGUUGUCAGUGAUUGGCAGCCUGAUAAGGAGGUGGUGAAGAGACUGGACGUGCUACGGACAGCAGUACAGGAAUUGGCCGAGACGAUGCCGAUCCCAAAAGUCUUCCCGAGAUCGCUGGAUGAACCACUACGUGCAGUGGAUAAGCUAGUGGUGGAAGCUCAUCCGAACAAGUGGCGUGUGACGGGAUACUUUGCUACGCUCAUGACCUUCUUGCCGUAUACAAAGCAAUAUCUAAAGUCGAAUAUGUUACGGCUGGAAGCUCGAGAUGUAGCAAGAAACAAGAAGGAGAAGCUGGAUAGUGCUCUUGAAACACUGACUCAGAUUAUUGCUGUGUACGGAGUACGGGCUGCAACAGAGCCAGCUGAUUUGAUCAAAGAGCAAAUUUCGAAGGACAAAGAAUUGGGCACGAUGCUGCAUGCACUGUUGGAGCUACAAGACGAAUGGGUUUCCAAAGAAAAUGACUACCGACAAAUGCUGAAGACGGAAGACAAAAAGCAUAUGAGCGAACCGGAUUUUAAACCACUCAAUCAGCGCCAAGAACGCAAUCGAAUGUACAACCGGGUCGUCGCCCUUUUCACGCCUGGUCUCACUGAUUUGCAAACGCUACGCGCUUUGAAUAAAGCUGCAAAGGCUAAGACACCCAAGAAGCCUGCAAUUGUCAAAGGAGCUGCCACGGCAGCAAAGAAGAAAUCCGGCGAGCUAACUCACGGUGCAAAUAUUUCGGUCAAACGAUCGAUAAAGCCCUUCAAGUCACGGAUGAUGGACGAAGUUCCACCCUUCGUAGAGACUGACUUCGAAGAUGUAGAGCAGUGA